AUGUGUGUCUGGAUGUGGAUGUGGCUGUGUGAGCCUUACGACGACAUAGACAUAGAUCCAGCAGCUAUGCUGGAUGGGUCAUGCCGUUCGAAGGGAUACGAAUGCUCCGGCUCUGAAAUCACAGAAAAAGAAAUCAGACAAUGGCACAAAGGUUUUCUUAAAGACUGUCCGAAUGGCCUGCUGACGGAACAAGGUUUUAUUAAAAUUUACAAACAAUUCUUCCCGCAAGGAGAUCCCAGUAAAUUCGCUUCGCUGGUGUUUCGUGUCUUCGACGAGAACGAGGAUGGUGCGAUUGAGUUUGAAGAGUUCAUUCGAGCGUUAUCGAUUACAUCGCGCGGUAACCUGGACGAAAAGCUGCAAUGGGCAUUCCGGUUGUACGAUGUGGACAAUGACGGCUACAUAACGAGAGAGGAAAUGUAUAACAUAGUGGAUGCAAUAUACCAAAUGGUGGGUCAACAGCCGCAAACGGAGGAGGAGAAUACACCGCAAAAACGCGUCGAUAAAAUAUUCGAUCAAAUGGAUAAAAAUCACGAUGAUCGUUUAACGCUCGACGAAUUUCGUGAGGGUAGUAAAGCUGAUCCACGUAUAGUACAGGCGUUAAGUUUAGGUAGUGAUUAACCAAAAGAGACUUAGUUUAAUUCUGCUACGGAUUAAACGAGGAACCCAACAAUCGAUGAAAAUUUACAAAAAAGAGUAAAUAGUAAAGCGAAUAAAAAAAAAA